AUGUCUGCCUCUCCGCAAUAUCCAUUCAGAAAUGACCUGCCUAGGGACUCCUCUCGAGCAACCUCUGUCUCUUCUCGCCCCCGUGCUGAGUCAAAGCACGUUGCCCUACCUUCCAUACGUCAGACUUUUCCAGAGCUUCAUCUUGAGGGCUCUCUAGCUGAUGUGACUCCUAUCAUCACGUCCGUACAUAAAGCUCCUCUGCACCUGGCUGGCUCCCUGGCAUCACCUGAAUAUGUUCACUCUCCAAAUGGUCAUAAGAAGCGACGGAUAUCAAACGAGGACGAGCAGGCGUUUCUCAGGGCGAAACAGGUUCCAAGGCUCUAUCGUAGCCCUGAGGCCCCUCCAGCGCGAGCGCUUUCUCCGGCUCGGGCUCAGCCAACACCCUUGGGCGCCAAGAAUCCUUGGACAGGAAGCCCUUCAAGAAGCCACGCUUACUCUCCCCACAUCACCAAUCUUACGGCUGCCUCCGUGACCAGUCGAGCUGACCCACGGCCGGCUUUACCAAGCCUGCCCCCGACUCUUAAACUUGAGAGAGACGCACGGCCGAUACACCGACCGCUGGAAACGAGCACAGGCUCGGCCCACAGUCCCAGACCUGGCGGAGCGAGCCCAAUGCCGUCAACAAUGGAAAGACAUUCUUCGUAUCAAAGCCAGGACUAUGGCCAUGCGUACCAGCACCCAUCGCGCUUUCAGUCUCUAUCUACAAGCUCAAUCCGCUCGUAUGGCCGUGGUCCUUUCUCAGCAGGUGCUACCUACGGACACCACUACCCGAGCAUAUCACGAUAUACCGAUAUCGGCAACCUUGGCAUUGGUAGUGAUGCCAAACAGCGCAAACGGCGCGGUAACCUGCCCAAGGAAACAACAGACAAGCUGCGGUCCUGGUUUGUGGCUCACCUACAGCACCCAUAUCCAACAGAAGAUGAGAAACAAGAGCUGAUGCGCCAAACUGGCCUGCAAAUGAACCAGAUUUCCAAUUGGUUUAUCAAUGCUCGGCGUCGUCAGCUCCCGGCAAUGAUCAACAACGCGCGAGCCGAGUCUGACGCUAUGAAUGGCCGCUCCAGCGGAAGCAGCGGUGAUGGUACCGUUUUGGCUUCCACAGAGCAGGGCUCUGACUACUCCGGACAUGGAAAACGUGACGAUGCCUUGCCGCUGAGCGAUGGCGAGGGGGGCGGGUACGACGACGAUGUGAAUAAGCUGCAUUGUCGAAGACCUGCCGACCGCUUGAGCUUGUGA